CCUAGUACACCGUGCUAAAAGUCGAUAUUUCGGACGGAUGCGCAAUUGCUAGUUACGCCGCCGUGAUGUUUUGAUACACAAUUUGCAUCACAUUGCAACCUGCAUUCGAAGUGCGUGAUUCAGUUGGGGUCAAUCAAUAAUAAACAAAGUCGACAUAGCAGAGGUGUUAGGACAGUUCUAUAACUGGAAUAGUCAAUUACAGGUUCGACUGAAGUGUAUCUGUUGUCAAUUCAUCAACGAAAAUCAAUUAAUCGACUAAGAUGACCUCCCAAGUGCGGCAGAAUUUUGAAAAAGAUUGCGAGAAUGCGAUUAACGAUCAAAUUAAUGUUGAGCUGAAUGCCAGCUAUGUCUACAUGGCCAUGGCAUACCACUUCUACAGAGACGACGUAGCUCUGAUGGGUUUCCACAAAUAUUUUAAAGAGGCAUCAGAAGAAGAAAGAGAGCAUGCUUACAAACUGAUGGAAUACUUGAACAAAAGAGGAGGACGUUUGAUUUUGAAAGACAUUAAGGCACCAGAAAAGCAAGAGUGGGAGUCAGCUCAAGCUGCCAUGAUUGAUGCUCUCAAAUUAGAGAAGGAAGUUAAUGAGCGUUUACUCACUUUACACAGCGUUGCCUCAGACCAUAAAGAUGCAAAUUUGUGUGACUUCCUCGAGACACACUACCUGCAGGAACAAGUCGAUGCAAUUAAGGAAAUUGGCGAUCAUAUUACAAAUCUGAAACGAGUGGGAGAGGGACUGGGUGUUUUCAUGUUUGAUCAAAAACUGCAUGAUUGAAAACUCAUAUGCCUAGAUUAAGAUAAGAAGCAAUUUAUUGUAUACUCAUAUAAAUUAUACACUGUAAUUUCAAAUAAAAAGUUCUAUAUAGUUA